UAUUUCUUGCUUUAUUUAGCAAAAACAAAAAACUUCAAAAAAAUCCAUUACUUGAUCAUCCACCACCACCACCACCAUGUCUGCCGAAAGAGGCAAAGAUUUCGCCGAUGGAUCAUCGUCUGCCGGGUCCCCAGGCGAUGAUCAUCAGCAGCCAGCCACUCCGAGCCGGUAUGAGUCCCAGAAGAGAAGGGACUGGAACACGUUUGGUCAGUACUUGAAGAACCAAAGGCCUCCAGUCCCACUUUCUCAGUGCAAUUACAACCAUGUGUUGGAGUUUCUUAGGUAUCUGGAUCAGUUUGGGAAGACCAAAGUUCAUCUCCAGGGCUGCAUGUUUUAUGGGCAGCCUGAGCCUCCUGCUCCUUGCACAUGCCCUCUAAGGCAAGCUUGGGGCAGCCUUGAUGCCCUCAUAGGGAGGCUGAGGGCUGCCUAUGAAGAAAAUGGAGGGUCCCCAGAAACCAACCCUUUUGCUAGUGGUGCAAUCAGGGUUUAUCUGAGGGAGGUGAGGGAGUGUCAAGCUAAGGCAAGAGGGAUCCCUUACAAGAAGAAGAAGAAGAAGCCAAGUCCAAGCAAGGGAGGAAAUGAUGAUGAAUCUAGCUCUACCAUGCACUUCUCUUGAUCAUCAUGCUCAAUUCCUUGGCCCAAUUUCAGAACAUCAUAUGGAUAUAUCAUAUGGAAAUUUGAACGAAAUGGAAGGAAUUGUUCCAAGGAAAAUUAUCUUGAAGGUUUGAAUGAUUUCGAAUGUUGCUUUAUUCAGUCAAAAUUAUAUAAGGAAUUUGAUCUCUAAAUGUAUCGAUCGACCUCUUAUGGCAUGGUGGCAUGAAGCCGGUCUUAAUUCAUUUUGUUUGUAGUGUGGUGGGAAUUUUUAAGCAUGUAGUGGAUCAGAAACCCUUUAUAUAUAAAUAUUGGUUUAUG